AUAUAUAUUUCUAUACCUUCACCGACAACCUUCCUUUCUGCCACUAUAAAUGGAGCCCUAACAUUAGCAUUCUACGUACACAUUUAUAAUUUUCCUUUUGUUCUUAUUAAUAUUUCUGUUUGUUUCUCGGGAAAAUUUAUAGGAUGGUAGCCAUGAUUUAUGGGAAUGGUGGGUUUGUUUGGGUUUUGUAUGCGUUGUUUUUCAUGCUGGUUGGUGGGUCCUUCGUCCAUGGGGACGGUGGUGCUUGGCUUGAUGCUCAUGCAACAUUCUAUGGAGCUGAUCAAAACCCUACUAGCCUUGGAGGAGCAUGUGGUUACGACAAUACAUUUCAUGCCGGAUUUGGAAUAAACACGGCGGCGGUGAGCGGCGCACUUUUCAGAGGAGGAGAGGCUUGCGGCGCUUGCUUCCUAGUAAUUUGCAACUACAACGUGGACCCCAAGUGGUGCCUCCGCCGCCGCGCCGUCGCCAUCACCGCCACAAACUUCUGUCCCUCCAAUAACAACGGGGGCUGGUGCGACCCCCCUCGCGCGCACUUCGACAUGUCGUCACCUGCCUUUCUUACCAUUGCUCGCCAAGGCAACGAAGGGAUCGUCCCUGUCCUUUACAAGAGGGUAAGUUGUAGAAGGAAGGGAGGAGUUCGAUUCACAUUGAGAGGACAAUCAAACUUCAAUAUGGUGAUGAUAUCGAACGUCGGUGGCAGCGGCGACGUCAAGGCUGCAUGGGUUAAGGGGUCGAGGACGAGGACGUGGAUGCCCAUGCAUCGUAAUUGGGGUGCAAACUGGCAGGCCAAUGUCGACCUUCGAAACCAAAGAAUGUCGUUUAAGGUUACUCUAAUAGAUGGGAGGACAUUGGAGUUUGUCAAUGUGGUUCCUUCUUCUUGGUGGUUUGGACAGACGUUUUCUUCCAUGGUUCAGUUUUCUUAGGGCUCGAACCUUCAUGUUUGAUCAUUCAUUCUUUUUUACUUAUUUUUAUUAAAAUUGAUUUCAUGUUUAUUUUCUUCUUGAAAU